CCACAACAUCGGAUCAUCCUGCGUGGUGGCUAUACUCCCUCUACAGCAUGAAACACCAAGUCACGAUGCGGCGAAGAAAAAACACCGCUUGCCAGAGGUGUCGCAAUGACAAAACAAGAUGUGAAGCGCUCCCUGACGACCCCUCUUGUGCCAGAUGUCGGAUGAACUCCUUUCCAGAUUGCUCUAGUCCAACUCGGAGCUGUCAAUCGUAGGUCAAUUAUUCCUUCAAGUCAGAGCAGCAUACGAAGCGUAUAUAUUGACAAUCAAAGCUCUCCAGCUUCAGCAAUCAAUCCCACAGAGCCGGUUAUGCCAGGGCAAGUUACGGGACCAGUGGAUCAGAUUUUGCGUACCUUGCAAAGCCCCCAUGAUUGCGUCCUCUUUUCCUCCUGCCCAUUUGUUGCAGACUACGACCUGGAAAGCCUCUCCCCAGAGAGCAUUGCUGAACUCGCCUUUAACCAGUGUUUCUCUAUCCCACGCAGACACAUCCUCCACCAGUUGAUGAUGACAUACUUCCAAGUAGUUCAUCCGGUUAUGCCGGUGGUAGACGAAGGAUUAAUUUGGCGGGCUCUUACUGAACACGGCCCGGAAAACAAGAUAUCGCUGCUGCUUCUCCAGUCAAUCAUCUUUGCUAGCUGCUCGUUUGUCCCUCUUCCGACACUGUACGAGCUGGGGUACAGCACCCAUAACGCAGCUCGACUGGACUUUUACCAACGCGCAAGAACUUUAUUCGACCUAAACGCUCAGGCUGAUGUUCUUGUCCAAGCGCAAGCGGCGACCUUGCUCUCCUACAGCUCGUCAUUGCAAGUCAUACAGUCAGGCCGAAUAUGGAUAGCACGUGCUAUUCGCAUCGCAUCAACUCUAAACGAUAGUCUAUCGACAAUACAGACUCCUUACACCAGGUCCAUGGUCAAACGAUUGUGGUGGUGUAUUCUACUUCGUGACACCAACUUUUCUGUGGCCCUUUACCAACCACCUCAAAUAUCCCCAGUCCAUCUCGCAGUGUACGGAAGUUGGCUUGAAGAAUCAGACUUCGCUUUUGAGAUGGAGGAUUCUCUCGUCUAUAGCAAGGCUGACAAACUUCGGUUGUUGGAGGCUUUGCGGCAGCGGUGCCAGGUCGCUAUGAUCUUAACUGAUGCGCUCCAGAUCAUCUUUCCUUCUCUUGAGUACUCCUCGUUAUCAAAUUUGAGCAACCGCUUGGCUCAGGAUGCAGCCAGUCUGGACGAUACGCUGCUAAGCUUAGAGUGCUGGGCUGAGCGUUCCCCGCCAGUCACUAUGCAGGGUAGCAUUGUCUCAGACGUCGAGAAGUUUGUAUCCUUGAUGUCGCAUUUGACUUAUAUGCUCUUUCAUGCAGCAAAAUUGACAAUCACUCAUCACAAGGCGCUUAUACUGGAGCGCAGGUCAAGAAUCGAUCAUAGAGCACCUACAAUUGCUGCGAAUGCCUUGGCAGCCGAAAUCCAUCGUGACGUAGAUGGACUAAUAGAAACGAUUGAAUAUUUUGCCUCCUCGGCGUCCUAUACAUCUUUUCAAAUCAUCCCCCAAAGUGUACUCGCCUAUUCUGGGAUGCCGUUAAUCUUAUCUGCAAUAGAUUACAAGCUAGCACCCUCUUAUUCAGAAAUGGUCACAAGAAAGAGGCGAUUUGACGCUCUCUCAGCGAUAUUGCACCGGUGUCGGACCAUAUACGAAAUUUCAGACGUGGCCCUUGCCUGCAUAAAUCAGAUGCUUCAAUUUGCGUAUGCAAUAACAAGGGACAUUUUCCUAUCUGGGAAGAAUGGCAAUGCCCAAGUUAACAAAUCGCUGUCAAACCUAUCCAUAGUGCGUAGAGCCACAAGCUUGCCUGACGCCUAUACUCUAUAUCCUUAUGCAUAUCUUUGCAUUACCAAGUUGGUCGAGCGAACAGUAUCCGGUGGAAAACUUGUGGUCCCUGUGGGUAUCUCAGAUAAGAUUUGCGCCUUGCCAUCGACUCCCAUGAGUAGGAUAUCAAUGUCGGAUUCAGUGAGCCUUGCUCAAUUAGAGAUCAUUCCCAGUUCCGGUACUGGGCGGCCGAAUAGUGUAUUGGAAAGUUCUAGUUAUACCACAUGCAAUAGCAGCAAUGGGUUGUAUUCUAUGGAUGGACAACAAACAGCUCAAUUGGCCAAGGACGCAUCCAAGGAUACAGCCGAAGCGCAUGUUGAUUUGCUCGCGAAACACGUAAUGUCUCUGUUGGCACGUAAUUCUGGCAGACCGGGUAGGACAGACAAGGGCUCUAAUUCCUACCUAGACUAUUUGGAUCUUGAUGUCUAAAUUAUACGCAAAUAUAUCUGGAACUUUUAUAUUUUUAUUGCUUAGGU